ACAAAGUGGAAGGUCUUGUCUUCGGAGAGAGAAGCUUUUUCGUCAUUUUUGCGCUUUAUUUCAGUAAUUGCGAUGUCUAUUUGGUUGUGAUUGACAUAGGAAUAUACCAUGAGUCUAUUCGGCGACGAAGGAAGGCGGAAAUGGAGAGUGAUAUUGUAAAAAAGGCCGUAGAGGUGAUGAGUUUGAAAAUCAAGUGAGAGAAGGACAUGAUCGUCAAAAUGUCGGCUUGUUCACCCAAGAAGAUGAUGAAGAGGUUUCUCAUUUCUGGGGUUCACAACCAAGAGGAGCUUCAGAUGAUAAGAAAGAAGAUUGUGGAGCUGGGUGGGAAAAUUGAAGAUAAUGUAAAGAACAGCUUUAUAUCUCUAUGCACCCAUGUUCUUGUCAAGGAGUUCAAUAUGACAGAGAAGGUGCUCGGGGGCCUAGCAUCAGGAAAAUGGCUUGUGCAACCCGAGUUCAUCCUGGACAGUCACCGCCAGGGCAAGUGGCUCGAGGAAAGCCAGUACGAGAUCAAGGAAUUUGUAGAGUGCAGGCAGAAGAGGAAUGACAGUCACAUCGGCCUUUACUCUGGAUGGAAGGUUUAUGUCAAGCUGGAGAACAACACCUUGACCAAAUCCUUUCGAAGGGUCACUGCUGCUGGAGGAGCCGAGAUCAUUUCGUUGAUAGAGAUCUCGCAGUCCGAUUUCAUAAUCACGGAGAGGAAGAUGGCAGCCUCCAUUCGUGAGACAGUCGGGCCAAACAUCCCCAUUGUGUGCUUCACUUACAUCAAGGACACAAUCGUCAGGGGAGUUUCACCCUCAGACUUGAGACCAUACCUUCUAGAUGCUUGUGACAAUGCACAGUUGACAAGAAAAGUUGAUCUUACCAGGCCCCAAAUAAGAAAUGGAGACAUCCAGCCCAAGAAGCUGCUCAGUGAGAUGCAGAUGAACACUUACAAAAAGAAUGUAUUUGGCAUAACUUACCAACAACCAAGACUUGACCAGUAUGUCAGGAUUGAGUCACCUGGCAAAUUACCUCAAGCCUGUUCUCCAGUCAGAAGGACACCUUCUUCGAGCCGGAAACGCAGGUACCAGUUUUGUCAGGUUACCCCAGAGAAGCAGCAGCCUUCUAUCUUCAAGUAUUUCAUAAAGAAGGGACCUGAUGGGGAGCAGAGCAGCUCAAAGAGUAGUGCAAGAAAUGGGGAAAUAUCUGUGACUGAGGAUGGGAAUGACAACGAUGUUGAAGUUAUUGGAGAAACCUCAAGGAGUGGUACAGGAAACAUGUUAAGCAGUGACAGAGUGCAAGAGGUUGGCAAUGAGUGUGUGAUUACUGCAGUACAGAAAGGGAAAUUACCAAGUAAGGGGAUUUGUGGUGAUAAUUAUAAGGAAGUAACAGAAAAUGCCAUCAGAAACAGAAUGAAAAUUAUGGUAGAAAGACUUCAUGCAAGUAAAAAUUUUACAGAGAACCAGAAGAAAGUACUUCCAUAUACCGUAGAUUUAACAAGAACAUCACAUGAAGAAUCAGUAGUCUCAGUAGACGUUUCAAGUGAAGUAGUAUGUUUAGGAAAUGAAAUGACCGUUUCAUGUAGUAUUGAUAAGGAAAAUAGGGUUGAUUCUAGUGACUUACCAGUAGAUGAAACAAUAGAUUCUGAUGAACUGAAAAGAGACAGUGCAACAGUUUUAAAGGGAGUAAAAGAAGAUAAAAAACUAUCCAAGGAAGUAUUUAGAACUGCCCCAGACAUUACAAGAGCAGAUGUUUCUUCAACUGUACAAAACACAUUAAUAGAAGAAAGCGCUUCCACGAAAAUGUUUGAUGUGCAUUGCUUACUGAAAAAAGUGUCUGUUAAUAUUGGUCCAAGAAUAGAGGAGUUGAUAAGUCCAGCAAAAGCACCACUGAACAUAGUUGAACAGAGUGAAGCUUGCAAUCUACCUGUGAAAGAAAAAUUAAAAGACACCUCAAGGCAAAUGAAAAUAGAUAGUGAGGAAGUGAAAAGAUCUAUUGGAAAAUUUAUAAGAAAGAGUAAAAGGGUAAGUGGCAUCUACAGCAGUGAUAUUGUUGUAAUUCACAGUGAAGUAAGCAAAGAGCAAAGCAACCCAAAGAACUUCCAGAGUGCAGAGUUGUCAAACCAGGAAAGUGACAUGCAUGCCUCCCCCGAAGUGCGAGAACUGAGUGUCGAGGAGGUCUCAUACUUCGAGUCAAGCAUUGAUGAAGACGUGCGAGGCAUUCAGAUGUUUGCCACUGGAGAACAGUCAAUCAUUGUAACGGGUAUGGACUCACUGGACCUGAGUGUAACACCGUAUACUUAUCCUCCCAGUAGUUUGUUUGGGGACCUUCUGAGGCGAUUGAUCUUAGAGACCAGGUUCACCAUCGUCUGUUCUUAUGCCUUGAACAUGGCACACAAGAUUCUCUCCUUACACCCCCCAAAAAGCUCCCGCUGGCGGAACUACUAUUAUGAAGUGUUUGCAGCGGCACUGCAGAAUCAAGAGACUGUAAGCCUUCAGGCAUGGAGGUUUAUUCACCAUGUGAUAGAAUGCUCCCUGAGUGACACUGAUGAGGAGGAUCACAACACAGAUACCGAGGCAGAGGACCCACCCAUCAUAAGGGAAAAUGCGUUGAGUCUCUUGAGGUUUAUUGUCUUAGUCCUCAGGGAAGACAUGAAACACUGGAAUGAGAGGGAGUCGAUCAAUCAUCUUCUCAGCUGGAAAAUCUUCUUGGGUCAGCUGACACAGCCAACUUUAACAACAAGUCCAGUGAAACACCUGUUGCGAAUAUGGGUUGCUGUACAGUCAGCUGACCCAGCUGUGAGACAGUGUGUUGCAGAUCUUGUAUCAAUACUCUUGGAGGUCUUAUGGAAAUAUGAGAAAACAUUACUACUGCCAGUCAGCCCAUUACCAAAGUCAAUUGCACUCUUUAGCACAGAAUUUCUCCUCCAAGUCAAAGAUUUGGGCUCUAGUCACUUGAUGAAGCUCAUUAACAGCUUCUCAUCUCCAUGGCCAAAGAUGGUUGUGUCUUCUGUGAUCUUCCAAGAAAUUACUCAGAUCUUCAAUCAGAUAAUUAAUCUCGGAGAUAUUGUGGAUCUAAGUCAAGCUGUGGUGCUUAGUCAGUUUACUUCCACCUCUCAUUCCCCUGGGGUUUCUCAAACUAAGAAAACUUCUACCCCUUCCAAGAAGUUUCGUUUGGGCCACAAUGUGAACAAGACGAAUUUGAAGGGUGAGACAAUCCUCUUGAGAGCCUGUAUCAAAAACAACAUUGAGAAGGUGCAAGAGCUGUUGAACGUCCCGGGCAUUGACAUCAACCUGCCAGACCACUUUGGGUGGACCCCCUUGCAUGAAGCAGGCCAUAAGGGAGAGCAUUUCUCCCACGGUGCACCUGACUGCCAAAGGAGGAGACGACAAGCAAACGCCGCUGCAUGAUGCUGCUGUGCAUAAUCAGCUGGAAACUGCAAAACUUCUCUUGGAAUAUGGAGGGGGAUCUCUCUUGGAUGAGGAGAAUGUUAAGGGUGAAACUCCUCUGGCCCUGGCCGCAUCAGACGAAAUGAGGACGCUGCUCAAGUCCUUUGUUGGAAAGCUCCCCUCCAAG